AUGUCUUUACCUUCAAAUGAUCUUGGUCAAGAGAUUUUUUUUGAAAUUCAUAAUAAUUUGUCAAGACAAGGUCCCGGAAGUAUUCAGUCAACAUUUCGAGCUCUACAAACUAUUAAUUCAAAUGAAACACGACUAAAUAUACUUGAUAUUGGUUGCGGUCCUGGUAUGAUUACUGUCGAAUUAGCAAAAUUAGGACAUAGUAUAACUGCAAUUGAUAAGCAUCAACCAUUUAUAGAGAUAUUAUCAACACAAGCCAAAGAACAACAGGUUUCACAUCGUAUAGUUAUCUUACAUAGCGACAUGUUUUGUCUUGAAAAAUUUGUUGAUCCACAUAUGUUCGAUGUGAUUUGGUCUGAAGGUUCAAUUUAUAUAAUCGGUUUUGAACGUGGUCUUACUGAAUGGAAGAAAUUCUUGAAAGAAGAUGGCUAUUUUGUUUGUUCUGAAAUAACUUGGCGCACUACGCAUCCACCAGCUGAAGCUCAUGCAUUUUGGACGAAAAAUUAUCCUGAAAUGCGUACUCAAGAAGAAAAUUUCGAAAUCAUAAAGAAAUGUGGUUAUGAAUUAAUUGAUAGUUUCGUACUAGAUGAAAAAGAAUGGUGGCAAGAAUAUUAUGGACCAAUGGAAGCAAAAAUUCGACAGUUACGGAUAAAAUACCAAGGACAUACAAACGAAGAAAAUAUACUAAAUGAACAACAAUAUGAGAUUGACUUGUACAAGAAAUAUUCCGAGAGCUAUGGUUAUGUAUUUUAUAUAAUGAAAAAUAUAACAAACCCUUCAUAG